AUGGCCAAGCCUAAGACUGAGACCAUGACUACGACCGCUGCUCAGGAUAUCAUCCAGUCUAUCACCCUAGUCAACCGCGAAAGCGAGUCCGGCGACUACGCCCCGGCACUCCACCCCUGGUCCUCAUCAAUACCAGCCGUUGGCCACUGUGCCCAUGGAAUCCGCGCUGACCGCGACGGAAGGCUCUCCCAUCUAUGGGGAUCCGUUAUGGGGCUAGGAACAGUGCUGGACCGGUUCGUCGUUGUGCAGCCGGACGAGAAGGAGAUCUUUAUUUUUGCUGAUAAUCCAGCUCCGUAG